ACACCAGAACUUCUCUGGCUUGCUGACCUCACUGAGAUUGCUGCGGGUCUGAGUACCUGGGGGAGACAUGGAGAAAGAGACGGGGGAUCCCCUGGCCGGAGCUGACCAACAGAGUAGGCAGUCAUGGCUGGAGAACUGGAUAUCAGAGUAAUGUUUGACCUCUGGAAACAUCUCUUACAGGACGGCCAGUCAAAAUUCACUAGGUAGGACAGCCAUCAGCUGGAAAGAACUGGAGCCUGGGGGGACCUGGCUGGAUAGGUAUGGGGGAUCCAAGCCAGUCCCCUACUCCCCGGUUCCCCCAUAGCAGUCCCCCAACUCUAAGCACUCUUACUCUCCUGCUGCUCCUCUGUGGAUAUGCUCAUUCUCAGUGCAAGAUCCUACGCUGCAAUGCUGAGUAUGUAUCGUCCACCUUGAGCCUUAAAAGUGGGGGUUCACCAGGAGCACUCCAAGGAGACCAGGAUGGAGGGGUGGACUCCAGAGGUCUCUGUCAAGCCCUCCGCUCUUACGCACUAUGCACUCGGCGCACGGCCCGCACCUGCCGCGGGGACCUCGCCUUCCAUUCUGCAGUGCACGGCAUAGAGGACCUGAUGAUUCAACACAACUGUUCCCGCCAGGGCCCCACGGCCCCUCCCCCGCCCCGGGGCCCAGCCCUUCCCGGCGGGGACCCCAUCCGCUCCUCUGGCCCCUCCCUUCCAGGCGGGAGCCCGGCCCACUCCUCCAGCCCUGCAGCCCCGGACCCCUGUGACUAUGAAGGUCGGUUUUCCCGGCUGCACGGUCGUCCCCCAGGCUUCUUACACUGCGCCUCCUUCGGGGACCCCCACGUGCGCAGCUUCCACCACCACUUUCACACGUGCCGUGUCCAAGGAGCUUGGCCCCUGCUGGAUAAUGACUUCCUUUUUGUCCAGGCCACCAGCUCGCCCGUGGCUUCGGGGGCCAACGCCACCACCACCCGGAAGCUCACCAUUAUAUUUAAAAAUAUGCAGGAAUGCAUUGAUCAGAAGGUCUACCAGGCUGAGGUGGACAAUCUUCCUGCAGCCUUUGAAGAUGGUUCUGUCAAUGGAGGUACCCGACCUGGGGGCUCAAGUUUGUCCAUUCGAACUGCUGAACCUGGGAGCCAUGUGGAGAUUCAAGCUGCCUAUAUUGGUACAACGAUAAUUAUUCGGCAGACAGCUGGGCAGCUCUCCUUCUCCAUCAAAGUAGCAGAGGAUGUGGCCAGAGCCUUCUCAGCUGAGCAGGACUUACAGCUCUGUGUUGGAGGGUGCCCCCCAAGUCAGCGACUCUCUCACUCAGAGUGCAAUCAUCGGGGAGCUAUAACCAUUGAUACUGCCAGACAGCUGUGCAAGGAAGGGCUGCCAGUCGAAGAUGCUUAUUUUCAUUCCUGUGUCUUUGAUGUUUUAAUCUCUGGUGACCCCAACUUCACUGUGGCAGCUCAUGCUGCUCUGGAGGAUGCUCGAGCUUUCUUGCCAGACUUAGAAAAGCUGCAUCUCUUCCCCUCAGAUGCUGGGGUUCCACUUUCCUCAGCAACCCUUCCAGCCCCACUCCUUUCUGGGCUCUUUUUUCUGUGGCUUUGCAUUCAAUAACUAGGCCAGCAAGCCCUUGAUUGGUUUGAAAAUGAUUUGGGCAUACAGAUUGGCAGGGAAGAACAUGAAGAACCUCUGAAGGAAACAGUGGGAACUGGGAGACACAUGAAAUAGUGGCAUUUAUCCAGAAUCAGACACGGGUGCAGUCCAAAGCGGAAAUGAUCAUAGACUAAGGAUUCUGGACCAGGUUUCUGCAUUCAAGACCUCUUUAAGGACUCUUCACUAGUUUCCCCAAUCCCAUUUAUAGUAAGUGAGUUGUUUCAGUCCAUCUACUCCUGAGAUCACCCCUACAAGCUUAGAGGUUAUAGUGGUCCUGAUGAUCAAUAGAAAACUGAAGGAUUGGGACUUUUAAGAGGACAGAACUGAAAGAGGAAGACAUGAUCAUUACCCAUAAACUCAAUGGUUUUCUAAUCAUUUUCUCUUGGAAGGUGGAAAGGAGAAAAAAUGAUUAGGGAAAAGAGUCUUUUGGAUGAAUAUGAAUGUGAGUAAGAUGUGUUCUGCUUUUUUUGGCUCAGAAAUGAAGUAGGGGUUUGUCUGAAUCUUAAGUGAAAGUAAUCUCUGCCUUUGGAGAAUGGCACAAAUAGUAAAGAAACUAUCAUACCCACCCUUAACUAAACUGCUAUUAAAGCUAUGAAUUCUUCACUCCUUUGGUUUUCUAUCUUCAGUCUCUUCACAGAUGCUUAAAAAUGAGUACAACAACAUAGUCACUCCACUGAAAGGGGCUCAGAAGCAUCAGACAUUAUUUUGCCCUCAGGAAGUUUAUAGGCUAUUUGGGAAACAAAACUGAUUUACAUGAAGGAGUGACAAGUGUGUAAUUAUUCACUAUAUUCUAUGGUACUGUGAAUUCUGAUCAGAAGAUGUUUGGAGAGAACUCAAGUAAUAAUAAGUAAUAAGAGGUAAUAGAGAAAAUAGGAUUUCAAGUGAUCUUUGAAGAUUUGAAUUAUUAAGGACCACCUUCCAGGCAAUGACAACCAGCUGGAGUUAUGUAUAGAUUCAUGAUUUUGUGAGGAAACCAGCAAAACUCAAAUGAAUUAGACGAGGUAAUGGGAUAGAAGGGGAAUGGCUGAGGCCAGAUUAUGAAGCACCUCAAAAGUUGAGCCAAGGAGUUUAAAUUCAAUUAACAGCUAACAUUUAUCGAAAGCUUAAAACCUGUCAGGCAAUGUUCUAAACAUUUUUAAAUUUUUAAUUCAUUUAAUCCUCACAACUACCAAAAGAAGUUAAUAUCCUCAUUGCUCUUUUUAUAUAAGGAAACUGAGGUACAGGAAGAUUAAACAAUUUGCCCACAGUCAUACAGCUAAUAAAUGGUAGAGCCAGAAACUGAACCCAAGCAGCUUGGCUCUAGAGCCUUAAUUCUUAACCACUAUAGUAUAUAUUGUCAAGGAAACAGAGCCAUUAAAAUUUUUGGUUAUGGAGCUGGGCAGAAAAGGAGAGCUGAGGUGGUGGCUGCUACCACAAAAGCUACUUUCUCCUUCUAUCAUAUGAAACCCAAAAGGAAGAGCUGGGGAGAGGGGGAGAAGCCCAAAGUUGAAGGAAUCUAGUUUGUAGAAGAAAAGACUUGAGAAUAGUUUUUCUAGUCCAGAAUGUUCUAAAGUAACAGUGCUGCUCUGAACAAAAACUACUUAGGAGUUAACUUUUAUAUUCAGUAUUUCCCCAUUUUUUUCUGGUCUCAGUCUCCUCCUUCAGCUACUCUAUUAUCUAGGGCCUGUUCCUAAUCUAAUCAUAUAUUGACACUUACGUUCUCCAUCUUCUCUCAGCCUCACCCACCUGAACAUACUUCCCCAGAACACAUAUACACACUGGUCAGAGCUUACCAGACAGGGUGUCCUAUCUGGUCUGCCAUUUCAAAUUGCUUUUGCAAUUCUUCAUCCCCUAUUUCUUCCUUUUCACCUCCUCUAAGGACCACAGACACUCGGCCAUUUCCUCAAAGCCUCUCUUUUAGAAACUGCUUCUUAUAUUAGUUCUCUUAACUCAUCAGAGUAAAUUAUUCCUCAGGUUUGGGAAUCUUAAGUUAGUUAAGAAUUUCAUAACCAACUGAUGAAAGAUCCUUUUAUGACACCUGUCAUGUAACACUGCUCCCUUUCCCCAAAUUUACGAUUAGCCCUACUACCAAUGCAGUAUUUUUAAAGGGGUAAUUCAACAUAAACUCAUGAAAAGAUGCUCAACAUAAUUAAUCAUUAUGGAAAUGCAAAUCAAAUUAAAACCACAAUGAGAAAAUACUACACACCAUUAGAACAGUUAAAAUAAAAGAUUGACCACCCUGCCUGGUGUGGCUCAAUGGAUUGAGUGCCAGACUACAAACCAAAAGAUUGCUGGUUUGAUUCCUAAUCAGGGCACAUGCCUGGGUUGUGGGCCAGGCCAUCGGUCUGGGGUGUAGGAGACUCAACUAAUUGAUGUAUCUCUCAUAUGUCAAAUGUUUCUCUCUUUCUCUUUCUCCCUCCUUUCCCUUUUCUCUAAAAUUAAAUAAAAUCUUUAAAAAAAUAAAA